AUGAAAAAUAAUUAUUUUUAUACUUUUACAUUAGUGUUAGCAUCGUUACUACUAUCACUGCUGACUUGUACAGUUGCACAAGCAAAUAAUACCUUUGGUGGAGGGAAUUUGCUAUUAACUGAUACCUUGACAGCUAAUCCAGAGGUUUUAUAUGAGUUCACUGCAAAGGGUGUCAAUGUAAACAAUUAUACUACUUGGGUUCAAGAUAAUUCAACAAUUAGAUGUGUAGCAAAUGAUAUUGCAUUUUUGGAUGAUUCUACCUUGUUAUUGUUGGACGAGCAACAAGGUCUCUUUUACUCAUCGAUGAAAGGCAAUGUAAAGGGUAUUUAUAACAACAUGACUACAAAUCAACCAGGUCAACUUGGAUGUAGUCUUCAACGUCUCUUUGUCGAUCAAACCAAUCAAGAUAUUUAUAUUACAAGUACCAAUGUCAACUGUGAUCUAAAUUAUGUUGUUGGUGUAUUUGUUUAUGAUGUUAAUGGAAAAUAUAAAAAUACAAUUUUAAAUAACAAGUUUAAUACAACAUUGGGAGUAGCAGUUGAUUCAAAGGGAACUGUAUGGAUACCAGAUGUAGAUGUUAUAUUUGCCAUUCACAAGGAUGGAUCGGUCGAUGAAUACGACCCAGUCAAGAAUAAAUUGGCUUAUAAUGGUAUUCAGGUGACAACUAGCAAUACCAUGUUGAUUGCUGUGCCUGCCACUCACCAAGACCUCAUCAUCGAGUUGGACACCAAGGGACGUGUAUUGAGAGAGAUUGUCAUGGUUGGAAACACCACCGCGACUGGUCAAGAAUCGGCCAUACCAUGCACCAUUGCCAUCAACCCAUCCAACGGUGAUAUCUUUGUGGAAGCUCCCUACGCCUCUAAAAAGGAGGGUAGCAAAAAAGAGGAAAAUGUCAUCCAAGUCUAUGACAAGAAAGGCAACUACAAGAGAAGUUGGGGUGGUCACAGUUGUAAAGAUAAGAAUAUACUUUGUGUUCCACAAUAUGGUAUGGUUUUCAUUCCUGAACAAUCUCUAUAA